GCCGCCCAGCCCCGCCGAGCGGAGCGGACCGAGCCCAGCGCUGCCGGCGCCACCGCCCGGCGAUGCCAACCGGCCCACGGGCCGCGGAGCAGGCGUUGACCCUGCGGAGAGAACGGACGGCGGCCAUGGACAGCGGCGGCCCCGGCCCGCACGGACGGCACCGGCAGAUGCUCUGAUGUCAGCUGUCUGUGAAGCUCCCAACACCCGUGGUCGGCAGAUGCACGGCUGUUAGCGGGAAGCCCCGGUAAGAGAAUGAGCGAAAGGGACGUACAAAGUUUGAGCAGACGGGUUUUAGUGCUCACUCUCUGCCUUACCACAUUAUGGGGAAGACUGACGCUGGCCUCCACCCACCACAGAAGCCAUUCAGCACACGUGGAGCCCGGCACCUGCGAGGUCAUCGCAGCACACAGGUGCUGCAAUAAGAACAAGAUAGAGGAGCGUUCCCAGACUGUGAAGUGUUCCUGCUUCCCAGGGCAGGUGGCAGGGACCACGCGAGCAGCCCCCUCCUGUGUGGAUGCUUCUAUUGUCCUGCAGAAGUGGUGGUGUCAUAUGAACCCCUGUUUGGAUGGAGAGGAGUGCAAGGUGCUGCCCGACCUCUCGGGCUGGAGUUGCAGCAGUGGCAACAAAGUGAAGACCACCAAGGUCACCCGGUAGCUCCUGCAACCUGGAGCCAGCCCUGAUGACAUCGCAAUGGAGCCAGCACUGCUGCAAAGCCUCACAGCUCCACAUCCCCUGCUGCCCCGUGAUGCGCCCUGCAGCCAAGAAAUGGGCUCGUUUUCCCAUCCUCUGAAAUAAAAUGCUCGAGUUGUUGGCAGUUGUGGAGACAGACAGACAGCAGGGCUUUAUUCCAAGCUAAAACAGCCAAGGUCAACGCUGUGGGAGUUGCACAGAUAUCCUUAUUGAAUCCCUCUCCCUGUCCUGGAUGCAGACCCAGCUCAGUGCUGCCCACAGUGAUGGUACCGGGUCGGUCCGACACCUCUUUGUGCUCCAGAGAUGGCAAAACAUUUCCACAGAGCACACUGCUGCUUCUUCCUUCCUCUGUAAUUGCAUUAAUGAGGCGGCAAGUUUAAUGCCUGUUCCUGAUGCUCCAAUCUCAGGCACCAAAUUGCUGCUUGUGUUUGCAUCAAACUGCUGAAUAAAGAGGGGGAUCCCAGUGCUGGACACGUGCAGGCUCUGCAGCCCUGGGCUGAAUGUGGCAUUAAGGAAGCAAGUACUGUGCCCCCCAAUGUGCCCUGUCCCCUCUAUGCAGCUGGAGGGGAGGUGGGAGCUCAUGGACCCAGCAUGGAGCUGCUCCCGUUCUGGGGUACAUAAUGUUGCUGCAGAGUGAUGUACAUAGCAGACUGUGAAAUAUUAAAUCCAAUUUAAUCUCUG